CCACUUUUCAUUUUCAACAAUUAUCAAACUAUUUAUUUAUUUAUUAUUGGUGAAGAAUUGUCUACACCAACUUGGCUAGACUAUUAUAUAAGGCACCAAAGUCCCCCACUUAUCAUGCGCACACUUCCCAAGUCCAAGCCAUAAUACCACUCACAAACACAGACAAAACAAAACCAAAGAAAAAAAAAAUUUAAAAAUCAUCAUUUUCUCUUUCGUCUUCUUCUAAGCUUUGAGCCUUAUUGUUGCAGUAAUAAUGGCUGAGAAAAUGGCGGUUGUGGAGAAAAAACCCAAAAGAAAUAUGUACGCUUUGCUCAUAUCUGUUAUGGCGUCCAUGACCUCCAUACUGCUAGGAUACGAUACCGGGGUCAUGAGCGGGGCCACGCUGUACAUACAACGCGAUUUGAAGGUAUCGGACGUGCAAAUCGAGAUCCUCGUGGGGACAAUCAACAUCUACUCGUUGUUGGGGUCCGCCAUGGCCGGAAAAACCUCCGACUGGCUCGGCCGCCGGAUAACGAUUGUGGUGGCUUCGGUGGUUUUCUUCGCUGGAGCCGCCAUCAUGGGGUUCUCGAACAGCUACGAGGUGUUGAUGACGGGGCGGUUCGUGGCGGGGCUCGGAGUCGGGUACGCCCUUAUGAUUGCGCCGGUGUACGCGGCGGAGGUGGCGCCGGCGUCCUCGCGCGGCUUCCUGACUUCUUUUCCGGAGGUCUUCAUCAAUUUUGGCGUUCUACUUGGAUACUUAUCAAACUAUGCAUUUGCUAGCCUCCCUUUGAAACUAGGCUGGCGCAUGAUGCUCGGCGUAGGCGCAAUCCCUCCCAUCUUCAUCGGCCUCGCCGUUUUCAUCAUGCCCGAGUCCCCCCGUUGGCUCGUCAUGCAGGGCCGACUGGGGGACGCCAAACGCGUCCUCGAGCGCACCUCCGAUUCCCUCGACGAAGCCCAUUUACGUCUCGCCGACAUCAAGGAGGCCGCCGGCUUGCCCAAGGACCUUGAGGGCGAAAUCGUCCAAGUCCCCAAACGCACGGGCGUCAAGGGCGAAAACGUGUGGAAGCAAUUGUUCGUCCACCCGACCCGUCCCGUGCUCCACAUCACGAUUUGCGCGCUCGGCCUCCAGUUUUUCCAGCAGGCGAGCGGGAUAGACGCAGUCGUGAUGUAUAGUCCGAGGAUCUACGAGAAGGCGGGAAUCACGAGCGACCACAAGAAGCUCCUCGCGACGAUAGCUGUCGGGGUCUGCAAGACCCUCUUCAUCCUUGUCACCACUUUCAUGGUCGACAAGAUCGGGCGCCGAGUGCUCCUCCUCACGAGCUGCGGAGGGCUCGCGCUCUCGAUGCUCACGCUCGGAACCGGGCUAACCGUGAUCGACCGGUAUGGGACCCACAACUUGCAGUGGGUCGUCGUGAUAUGCGUGCUCAUGACGUACACGUCGGUUGCGUUUUUCUCAAUGGGUAUGGGCCCGAUCGCGUGGGUUUAUAGCUCGGAGAUUUUUCCGAUUCAGCUAAGGGCGCAGGGUUGCGGCGUGGGGGUGGCGAUAAACCGGGCCACAAGCGGGGUUUUGUUGAUGUCGUUUAUUUCGCUAUACAAGGCGAUCACGAUCGGCGGGACGUUCUUUUUGUUUAGCGGGAUUGCGACGGUUACUUGGAUAUUUUUCUUCACGUUGUUGCCUGAGACGAGAGGGAGGACGUUGGAGGAUAUGGAGGCGUUGUUCGGGACUUUCUUUAAAUGGAGGGCGACAUCGAGGGAGCUUCAAAAGAAAGAAUCAGAGGAGGCGAAUAAUGCCUAGAAAUCGAUGAAUUUGGGUAGGAUACUUUUCGGGUCGAAAUUUGUGUGGCUCUAUGUGAGCUUGACCAUAUCCUAUAGUAAUGGUAGAAUAUAGUUAAGGAAGAAAAUGUAUCGGGCUUAAUGUGCUGAGCCUAGGAAACAAAAGAGAAGCGUGGACUAGGUGAAAAUUUGAGACUUUUACAUGUAUACUUAGAAUUUAAUAAGUUGAUUGUAUUUAUGUAGUAAUGUGAUAUGUUGUACGUUUGUAUGUUGGAUUAAUGUAGAAAAUACAUGGUGAAGACAAUUUAGCGUUUUUAUUUUAUUUUAUGUAUGGUAAAUGGAAUAGAGUGAUAUUCUGUUGGAACGAGUGUUCAUUGAAAGUUUUGUUGUAUUUUGAUGAUUCCAAUAAUAAAUUUUACAAGUGUUGAAAUA